UCUUUCAGUAUACGUACCGAUCAAACAUGGCCACUUCCUGUGAAGAUGAAGUGAAGAACAAGAAGCAACAAAGACAAGAUCAGAUACCAAUUAAUGCUGAAGGAGAAGCUAAGGAAAUAAUCGACAGGAAAUCAGAGUCAGGGAAUAAUGAUAAACCAAAGCUUUUUCCUGCUGUUGCAAUGUAUGGUCCAUACGAUGUACAAGACCUGGAACCUGGAAAAACCAUGAAAUGGUGUACCUGUGGUUUAAGUAAGAAGCAACCCUGGUGUGAUGGAACUCACAAAGGAACUGGCUUCAAGUCCCUUAAAUGGAAAGUGCCAGAAACUCCCCAGAAAAUGUAUUCCAUUUGUGGAUGUAAAUACACAGGCUCACCACCUUUAUGUGAUGGAASUCAUAAUGACUUGCCAUGUAAAUUCAUUGCUCAGAAGGAAGCUUGUGACAAGACUCAUAGUAAUGAUAGUAAACUAUGUACUGGAUGUGGCUGGGUGCCACAAUGGUGACUUUGGACCAUUUAAUAUCUUUUAACAUUUUUUUUAUUUUGAAUAAUUUCAUACUUUAUAAGGAGCAAAACAAAACAUGUCAAAUCAAAUGAUGUUAUUUAAAAAAUUGUAACUAUGGAGAAAAUGUGAUAUACUUUAAUGUAAAUUGUUUAUUAGUUUUGUUGAUAAAAUAUUUUACUAAUCUA